AUGGAACCGAGUGGAGCUUCGGGGCGAUGCUUGGUUGGCUUCUGGUGCAUGUUUUGUUUAUUUGACUGCAUGGUGUCCUUCAGCUCACCCCUUGACUGCAAUGAUGAAAUGCUGUGCUGGAAGAUGACAUGUCUGCAGGGAAGAGCGCUGCAAUUGGUGCGCCAAAAUCAUUCUACAGAUAUAGUUUUCGAUAUACAUCUCUACAUUUCCAUGUUCACGAAUAUUGCUCGCAUGGGUGAGGGGCCAACCAAGGUCGCGGUGCGGCUCUGGCAUUAUGCAAAACCCACCUCGACAGUGCCAGCUGCACUCGUAUAG